UCACAUGUGGGGCACAUGACCCGGAAAAGAAGCUACCGCAUUACCGGUGGUUGAAUUAGCAGCAGACCUGACCGCGACUUCUUCAUCAUGUCCGCCAAACUGAACGCUUUAACUAGCGACUCUUACAUUGACAUUAGUCAGUACAGAGACCAGCAUUUUAAGGGAAACCGCUAUGAUCAGGAGAAGCUGUUGAAACAGAGCAACACUUUGUACGUGGGGAACCUUUCCUUCUACACCACAGAGGAGCAGGUUCAUGAGCUGUUUUCUAAAAGUGGAGACGUUAAACGCAUCAUCAUCGGCCUGGAUAAAGUCAAAAAGACGGCCUGUGGGUUCGUCUUUGUGGAGUAUCCUUUUAAAUAUGAAACUUUAAAUCAGGUUCCUCUGAUGGACCUUAACCCUGGUGAUACCAGAUAUUACACACGUGGUGAUGCAGAACAUGCCAUGCGCUUCAUUAAUGGCACACGGCUGGACGACCGGAUCAUCAGGACAGACUGGGAUGCCGGCUUCAAGGAGGGACGACAGUACGGUCGUGGCAAAUCUGGAGGACAGGUGAGAGACGAGUACAGACAGGACUACGACCCAGCCAGAGGCGGCUAUGGUAAACUGGCUCAGCAGCAUCCAAUUGUAGAGCCACGUCAUACUUUUUAAUAAAAAAAAAAAAUGGACAUGACCACGACCACAGCAGACUGCCUGGACCACACAGAGCUCCACCGUUAAGUUCUGGACUGAAAUAAAUACCAGAUCAUGCCAACACAGACUGUUUGUGCCAGUGCUCACAUUAAACUCUCCACUGCAGACCUGCGCGAACCACUGGACAUUAGCAUCUGUCUCCAUGGUAGCACAGGUCAGAACUCAUUGUCUCCCCCCCCCCACACACACACACACACAGAGUGGAAUACUCCGAUAGGGUGCAUUGACUUGGGUUAUUUAAAAUAUCAAAAGGACAAUGUUAGUUCCAAUAAUAGUAAAGUGACUUCCUGACUUACAUGAAUGACAUUUUGUUUCCCAAAUUGUGAAUACUUUUUUUUUUAAAUAAAGGUUUUUCUUCGA